GAAGCUACUGCCAGAUCCUACAGGUGGCAGUCAUUCAAGUGGUUGCGUACAGCCUGUUGCACAUGAAUCUCAGGACCAGCUUGUAGGUGAGAAAGCCUGCCUGCUAAAAACUCUCAAGACUCCAUAGAGCGUUUACCAUCUGUGAAAAUGACCCCCAUGCAGAAGCUUCUCCAGCUGCCGGCUAACGCCGUGAACAUGGUCAAGACGGUUCAGGGGGUAGCGCAGGGCCAGGAGGAAGCUCGCAGCCCGGUGCUUACCCCGGACGGCGGGCUGCAAAACUGGUACAGCGCAGUGCAGCCGGACGAGUUACGCCACCUCCGUACCUCCAGCACACUUGGUGGAGGAGGAGAUGGGGGAGAUACAGGAGGCUCACAGGAAGAAGGGCAGAACAAUGCCCAGACGCAACCCCUGCGGCAUGAUGACUUGAAGGAGAUGUUGGACAGCAACAAGGACUCCCUAAAACUGGAGGCCAUGAAAAGAAUUGUCGCAAUGAUUGCCAGAGGAAAAAAUGCGUCAGAUCUCUUCCCUGCGGUAGUGAAAAAUGUGGCCUGCAAGAACAUUGAGGUGAAAAAGCUGGUCUAUGUGUACCUAGUGCGCUAUGCUGAGGAGCAGCAGGAUUUGGCGUUACUCUCCAUCUCUACCUUCCAGCGAGGACUCAAGGAUCCAAAUCAGCUGAUACGUGCUAGCGCCUUGCGUGUUCUCUCCAGUAUCAGAGUCACUAUUAUCGUGCCCAUCAUGAUGCUGGCCAUUAAAGAGGCUGCCUCUGAUAUGUCCCCAUAUGUCCGCAAAACAGCAGCGCAUGCCAUUCCCAAACUCUACAGCCUGGAUCCUGAGCAGAAAGACCAGUUAAUAGAAGUUAUUGAAAAGCUGCUUUCUGAUAAAACCACUCUGGUAGCGGGCAGUGUUGUGAUGGCGUUUGAGGAGGUGUGCCCAGAGAGAAUUGAUCUGAUCCACAAGAAUUACAGAAAACUCUGCAACCUGCUGAUUGAUGUGGAGGAGUGGGGUCAGGUGGUCAUCAUCAACAUGCUCACCCGCUAUGCCAGGACCCAGUUCCUCAACCCCAACAUUAAUGAGUCCCUUUUGGAGGAGGGUGAAGAGAAGGAAUUUUAUGGUUCUGAUGAUGAUGACGAUGAUGAAGAGAAAAAGGCUGAGGCAGCUGCUCUAGCUAAGAGGAAGCCUUAUGUUAUGGAUCCCGAUCAUAGACUGUUGCUUCGUAACACCAAACCCUUGUUGCAAAGUCGCAACGCUGCAGUGGUGAUGGCAGUAGCUCAGCUCUAUUUCCAUCUCGCUCCUAAGGCUGAGGUGGGCGUCAUUGCCAAAGCUCUGGUGAGACUGAUGAGGAGCCACAGUGAAGUCCAGUAUGUGGUUCUACAAAACGUUGCUACCAUGACCAUCAAAAGGAGGGGGAUGUUUGAGCCGUACCUGAAGAGCUUUUAUAUCCGAUCCACUGACCCUACACAGAUCAAAAUACUGAAGCUAGAGGUUUUAACAAAUUUGGCAAACGAAACAAACAUCUCUACAAUUCUGAGAGAAUUUCAGACAUACAUAAAGAGUAUGGAUAAGGACUUUGUGGCAGCCACCAUCCAGGCCAUUGGUCGUUGUGCCACCAACAUUGGGGAGGUGAGAGACACCUGCCUUAAUGGUCUUGUCCAACUCCUGUCAAACAGAGAUGAGCUGGUAGUAGCAGAGUCAGUGGUUGUGAUUAAGAAGCUCUUGCAGAUGCAGCCCGAGCAGCACAGUGACAUCAUCAAACAUAUGGCCAAGCUCACAGAUAAUAUUCAGGUGCCGAUGGCAAGAGCCAGCAUCCUGUGGCUAAUUGGGGAGUACUGUGAGCAUGUACCUAAAAUAGCUCCUGAUGUCCUAAGGAAGAUGGCCAAGUCCUUCACCACUGAAGAAGACAUUGUCAAGUUGCAAAUCAUCAAUUUGGCUGCCAAACUCUACCUGACCAACUUUAAACAGACCAAGCUCCUCACACAGUACGUGCUCAACUUGGCAAAGUAUGACCAGAACUAUGACAUCAGAGACCGUGCACGCUUCAUCCGCCAGCUCAUUGUGCCCACAGACAAAAGUGGAGCUUUGAGCAAAUACGCCAAAAAGCUUUUCCUUGCCCUCAAACCUGCACCUGUACUGGAGUCUCCGUUUAAAGACCGAGACCAUUUCCAGCUUGGCUCGUUGUCUCACCUGCUGAAUACCAAGGCAGGCGGCUACCAGGAGCUGCCCGACUGGCCUGAGUCAGCACCUGACCCCUCUGUGCGCAACGUGGAGGUGAAGGAUUCUGUUCCAGAGUGGACCAAGUGCACCAGCAGAAAAGAGCGGAAGGAGAAGAAGGUGGAGAAACCUUUCUACUCCGAUUCGGAGGGAGAAUCUGGACCCACGGAGUCUGCUGACAGUGAGUCUGCAUCAAGCACUGGGUCAGAGAGUGCUAGUGAAGUUAGCAGCUCUGGCUCUGAAAGUGAAGAGAGUGAGGAGUCGUCAGAGUCUGAGGAAGAAGAGAAAACAAAGAAAAAGAAGAAAGUGGACAAGAGCAGAUCUAAGAAACCACAGAGUGCUGAGAGUGAUCAAAGCAGUGAAGAGGACCAGAAGAGACGUGAGAAAGCAGGAAAGCACCAGAAAGGAAUCUCUGAUUCAGAAAGUGAGGAAGAGAGUGAGUCUGAGAGCAGCGAGUCGGAAUCAGAGUCAGAGGAAGAGUCAGAUUCUGACCAGAACACCAAAAAGAAAAAGAAGGCACCUCCAUCAAAACCACCAUCAAAGCAGACCAAGAAAGAAAACAAGAAAGAGAGCAAGGAAAUGUCUUUGCUUGAUCUGGAUGACUUUGAGCCCACCCCCUCACCUCAAGUAACCCCAGUCAACAACUUUUUGUCCAGCAGCCUGGUGACAGAUCUAGAGGGACUGUCACUGACCGACACUGUACUAGCUCCAACUACCAUUGCUCCAUCCGGCACAAUCAAGAUGUAUGAGCUGUUGCACCGAAUCUCAGGAGAAGGUCUGGCAGUGGAUUACUGCUUUAGCAGACAGCCCUUUAGCCCUGACCCUCAAAUGGUGGCUGUGCAGAUCCAGUUUACCAACAACACCAGUUCUGAAACCAAAAACCUACACAUCGAAGAGCCCAAACUGCAGUCUGGUAUGAGGAUCAAGGAGUUUACUGAAAUCGAGGUGCUACCUGCUGGUGAAUGUGUUACUGUAGUAAUGGGCAUUGACUUCUGUGACUCCACACAAGCAGCCAACUUCCAGAUUUGCACUAAUACCCGCAAGUUCUUCGUAUCCAUCCAGCCACCAGUGGGAGAACUGAUGAUGCCAGCCUUUCUGACAGAGAGUGAAUUUAAGAAGGAGCAAGGUCAACUAAUGGGAAUGAAUGAGAUCUCAGAGAAGCUGACUCUGGGGGAGAAGUGUCAGAGGGAUCAUAUCAUUGUAGAAAAGGUCGCCGCUACUGCUAACCUCAGCAGAGUAGCCUCCGGUUCAGACAAGGAAAGCAGUCCUCCUUUUCCUUCUCGUUCCUCACCUGUGUCCAGGUUUUCCGGAAAGACGGUGAGCACCGGUAGCCUUGUUCUGGUCACUGUGGCCAGAAAGGACAGCGGGGAAGCCCAGCUGAUGGUCAACUGUGAAAAGAUGGUGAUUGGUACAAUGCUGGUGAAGGACAUUCUUCAAGCUCUGACACAGUGACGAGUCCUGUUUCGGAUUUCUGAAAGAAUUGUGCUCUGUAGUUAUGUAGCUAGUGUAGACUUUGCCUUCACCCAGUUUGCUGUUAGACCAAAUUCAGAUACUCACUACACAAUGUUGCACCUGUUGUAUACAAUUCCAACGUAUGGUUGUCUUUAAAGUCCAGAAGCGUAUAAA